GAACAAGCAUCGCCGGCUCAAAAACUCAGUCCUCCUGACCGUCGAUCUCACAAAGGCCGUGGCCGAUGAGGCCAUCGCCAGAGGUGACUCCAUCAUCAUUGCAUACCACCCAAUCAUAUUCCGAGGUCUCAAGGCCCUUACCCUCGCCAACUCGCAACAAAAAUCGCUCCUUAGACUCGCCCAGGAAGGGAUAAGCGUUUACUCGCCGCAUACAGCCGUCGAUGCUACUCCAGGUGCAAUGGCAGACUGGCUGUGUCAGUGUGCAGUACCAUCUUCCGUCCAACCCCGUCCCACAACAGAGACGAUAUAUCCUUCUCCUGACCCCCCAGUAGACCCGGACUUCAAAGAUGCCGGCAUGGGACGGAAAAUCACUUUCAAACAGCCUCUACCCUUGAACGACAUGAUCGGCUCCAUUGCAAAGACUGCUUUGCCCCAGUCUAAUGUUAUUGGCACCUACCCGGAACACAUCGUAGGCUUCUCUAUAGCUAUACCCCAGGGAUCCUCCGUAUCAGACAUCACUAUUUCUUCUGUUGCAGCUUGUCCAGGCUCGGGGUCGUCGAUACUCAUGAAAAGCGGGACUCCAGUGGCUGACUUGCUGCUCACUGGCGAGUUAAGUCAUCACGAAGCACUGGCUGCGAUAGAAGCUGGCUCGGUGGUGAUCACUCUCUCCCACUCGAAUUCCGAACGGGGAUUUUUACAGCGGUACAUGCAUUCGAACUUGCAUGAACGUUUGUCCAGGGAAUGGAGGGGAGUAUGUGCCGACAAUGAUCUGGGGAGGCAUGUCAAGGAUGAAUCACCCGAAGGACAAAUGCUGAAGCAGAUCUUUGCAGAUGACAGUGUAUGUGUGGAUGUUAGUAAGUCGGAUAGAGAUCCAUACCAGGUGGUCUGCUGGCGGAACGGGAGUGAGGUGUGAUCUCCCUUUCGCUCUCGUUGAUAAUGUAAUAUAGAACUUUAUUUACUUCCCAUCUAUCUAACUUAAAAGGACUCUAAUCUCCCCCGUUGUACGCGGGAACAGCGCUCUCAAACUCCACUCCUGUUCCUCCCCUUCAUCCCUUUCUUCACCAGCAUCUUUAUCUGUAUCUCC